CGGAAAAACAUCCUUGAAUGUAUUAACAUCACAGGAUGUUAAAAGUCUUCCUGUUUAUUCAAAUAUUGUGUAUACGGAGACAGAUGUUCCUUUUAUGGUAUACUUUAGGAACACAGGAAGAUUUUUAUCCCAAGAACCUACUUCAAAGCACUGGAGAGAGGGAUCAAUGGGAGACUGAAGUCUCGACAACAAUAAUUGAACCAAUUGUAAAGGAGAUGGAUCGAAGUCUGGCCUCAAUGAUUGAUUUAAUACUAAAUGAUGAAAAAAUGAAUUUCUUGGAUCCUUUAUAUCGCCUCAUAAAUGAGAUAGAUGUUGCAAGCUUAGAAACAACAGGAGCACCACUUCAUGAAAAUUCACGAGCAUGGCGAUACAGACCACAGAUUACUUUGGAAUAUUUAAUGAAUGUAAUUCUUGGCAAAAUUCCAGAACAUAAAUAUCCCACACUUUUUGCCUUUAUCCAACAGGAGAACAUUUUGCGUUAUAUCCAUUUUGUUCCAAACAUUCUUCGCCUUCAAAGGCUACUUCAAAAGAAAUUCCAGCGGAAAAUUGACAGAGACGAACUAAAAACUAUGACCAUUAGUAUGAUAAUAGACAUGUUCGAAGACGAUGGAAUCAAAGAAAAAGUACAAAAGCUGGUCAGUGAUUUUUUCAAAGCAUGGCAGGGAGUUCGGGAUUACCUUCAGGUUUUCU